AAAUUAAGUUGUGCGGGAACAUUUACUUGACUCCGGUGUCUGAGCUUGACUAACGGAUGUCUCUUCCUCCUCCCGUCCAUCAAAUGAUUGACGUUUGGAGCUCUACAGCAGUGUUUAGUUAGCCUAUUUUAUUACGGCCGAACACCAUGAGAUUACAUUCCAGUUGCUAGUUAGCUGGCUUAAUGGGUUUUCGAGUGAAAAGAUGAUCGCCUCACUUUCUCGGGGAAGUUUGCUGGAUGAGGUGCUGCACGGAGGCUUUAACGAGCAUCAAUUGACCACCUACACUUCCUGGGUGAAUUCUCAGUUGAAGAGGAAACCCGGACUGAGGCCCAUCACUGACCUCCGGCGGGAUCUGCAGGAUGGGGUUGUUCUCAUACAACUAAUAGAGAUCGUUGCCGGGGAGCUGCUUGAGGGUGUUUUCGUGAAUCCUCAGAGCAAAGACGAAAGCAGGAAGAAUGUGGAACAAGUGUUGCAGUUCAUUUCCUCCAGACACAUACGCAUGCCGCACAUCUCAGCAAGAGACAUUGUUGAAGGUAACCUAAAAUCUUUGAUGAGGGUAAUUCUGGCUCUGGCUGCACACUUCAAGCCUUCAGCCAAUCACAGGGUGGCUUCAGGAAGUGGGAGGGGCUUGGCAGCAUGUCCAUCCAGUCACAACCCCCUGUCCACUGUGGCGCUUGCACAAGGCGCUGCUGCUGCGCUGGCGUCAGCUCGAUAUGACGCCUCACUGCAUGCAGGCUCCUCACGCAUUCACAGUGGCUGGAGGUCUGAAGUGGAGAAGAGCGUGUGUGUGCGUGCACUGGUGAAGCAAUAUGAGAGGGGAAACCCAGAUGAGCAGGACAAUAACGCACAAAUGAUGAGUCUCAGCUCAGCAAGUCCGCCACCAUCUCCAAGAGCUUUACCCAGCAAUCAUGCAGACACACAGCAAGAAGACCAUGCAAAGUCAGAGACCAGCGCCACGGUGGAGUCAUCUAUUGCUGUAGCGGCGACAGCGUGGGAGGAUUCCAUCAGUGAAAGUUUGGAGAAGGAAGUGGAGGAGACCCGUAAAAUGGUGUCUGCUUUGCAGGCCCUGCUGCUACAAGGCUCUCUGCCAGAGGAUGAGCAAGAUCUGUCUUUGACUUUGGAUGAAGGUCACCCUGAGCAGCAACUGGUCAUCAUCCGCAGCCGUUUGGAUCAGAGCAUGGAGGAGGCUCGAGAACUGAAGAGGGAACUAUUGCGCUGUAAGCAAGAGAUGAGAAACCUACAGGGAGUCAAGGAGGCCCAGCAGCAGAGGCUGUGCACGCAGGAGGCAUCGAUACUUCAGCUGAAGCAAGAACUUCUACGAGCCAGCAUGACUAAAGAUGAACUUAACAAUCAAAAGACUGAGCUACAAUGGAAACUGGAGGAAUGUACUCGCCUCUGGAGUGACUGCAAGAAGGAAGUUGGGCAGAGGGACAGACUUGUGCAACAACUCAAAUACAAGCUUGAGGAAAGCGAAAAACAACAGAAAGUGUUGCAAAAAGAACUGGACCAUAAAAACAGUAUGAUGCAAGAUCUUAUGAAUAGAGAUCUUCAACAGAUUUCCCCAUGCGCUGAUAACAAUGGCUACUAUUACACUGGAAACCCUGCUCCCUCCAUAUCAAGUGCAGAGGAGGUCCAGCUGCUCCGAGAUGCACUCAGAAGUUUAAGGAACGACUUCAGAGCCCACGACCCCCAGCACCACACUCUAGACACCCUGGAGCAGGGCAUCAUGUCACUCAUUGAUAGACUACAUGCUCUUCAGUCACACAGGUCCAGAGGGAAAUCUCCCAGACGCAAAGGCUUGAACAGCGACUCUGACUCUUGGCCAAGGGUUUGCCAGUCUAACAGCACCGCCACCUCCUCCACAAAGAUACUCUAUUUCACUGGAAGAUCCCCUACACCUUCCAUGAUCAACAUACCCAAAAAGCUGGGAGAGGUCACUCUCAAGGAUGUGAAAGCAGCUGUGGAUCAAGAGGGAAACUACAGGUAUCACUUUAAGGCCAUGGACCCUGAAUUUGGUACUGUGAAAGAGGAGGUUUUCUUAGACGGAGCCAUUGUUCCUGGUUGGGAAGGCAAAAUUGUGGCCUGGGUGGAGGAAGACCACGGUGAAGAAAGACCUUCAUAGCCAUUAAACAUCUCAAGAAGAAGAAUUAAGGAUUCUAUAUACUGGAACUGGACUCACUGUUGUGCUACUAAUGUUGAUAAUAUCAUAGAAGUCAGUGCCUUGCCACGAUGUGCUUGAAAUUGCCAAGCCUUAACCAGAAGUGUCUAUAGAAGACUAAAAACCCUACAAAUUUAGCAUUUAAUGUUCACCCCUGGAAAAGGUCAUUAGAAUUGUUUUGUAUCAACUUUCAUACAAUCUGUCUGUUCAUUGUUUUUUCAUCUCAUACUAUAUGAGAUUCUUCAGUAUUAUCCACCAUUGCAGUGACACCACUUUACCACCUUUCAUUAUCAUAAUGUUAUCAUAAUGCUGUAUUGUCAUGUUCAUUAGAAAAUGUAAUGAUCAUUUGAAUUGUUUGUGAAGUACAAAAAGUAGUUUUUGUGUAAAGUAUUUUUACCAUAUUCUUGGUUUGCUGGCGUGUACCUUCUGACAUUUUGGAGCUGGGAAUGCUACCUUUCAUUUGAUGUAUUAUGAAUUUGACAUGGAAAGCAUGUGGGACCUACUGUAUCUGGUAUAUGAGCUAUCCCAUAAAUAAUUUAUUGUGUGUGUGAGUGUGUGUGUGUGUGUGUGUGUGCGUGCACGUGUGUGCUCACCAUUUGGGAUUGUUUUGCCGUUUCUAACAAGCCAAUAGAAAUAUGCAUUAUCUCAUGUUUUGUACUCAUUGGAUGCCAUAACUGCCUGUCAAAUGUACAGUUUUUGUAUAUUCUAUGUAUUGAGACUGACAAUUUAGAAAGAAGUUGGUCUAUGUUUUAUGUGUGAUAGUCUUGUUUUACAAAAUAAAACCU